AUGGAAAAAAAAUAUUAUAAUAGCAAAGGAAAUAUUUUAACAUGGCGUGUGAAUAAUCAGGACAAAUGUAAUGGUGGAGAGGCCUCAAGUGUGAAGCCAUCAGUAAAAAAGUACAGUAACAAGGGAAAAAAGUAUGGAUUCCUGUUGAAUAGAAUAUUCAUCAUUUCCGCAUUGGUCUGGACAUGUCAAUUUUUUAAUGAGGAUUCGUUUGAACAAUGCGGCCACAAGGUUAACCCCAGCAAUGGUAGCAGGGACAUAAUUGAUUUAAGGGCCAAGAGAUGUCUGUAUGAAGAUAUUCCGUUCCAAACAUUCAAUGAUAAUUUAACAGAAGACAACGUAACAAAAGAUAAUGUAAUAAAUGAAGACUUAAUGAAUAGUUCUUUAAUGAAUAACGACACAUUGAGUGAAAACCUAAAAAACAGUUUAUGUGAUGCAACCAAUGAGGAUGCUAACAGAGAAAAAGAAAAAAUUAAAUCCAUUUUAUAUUCGUAUAUGGUAAAAAUUGAUACCAUGCAUGAAGAUAAAUUAUUUUAUAAAUUAUUUAGGAAAUGUCGAGAUGAAAAUGAUGAAAAUCCUAUGAGUUUUUUUUAG